CGUUGAGCAGCAUAGUCCGUUGUUUCUCUAUUUUAGGUUUUUUAUAAGGCAAGGUUGAAGGGAGGUAGGUUAGCACAGAGCGAGGCGGGGAUGGAGUCCGGACGGCAGUAUCAAGUAGACCUUGGCAAUCUCAUGGCUUACAACUCUUUUCACAGCUUCCCUUCUCUUCCCUCUUCCAGGGAGGAGCUAGUAAAGACAUGUCUACAGGAAGGGAGCAAGUUAGUCCAAGCAAUUGCAGAUGGUGUUUUUAACUUACCUUCAGCUGAAGAUCCUGAUGGGCCCCUUGUCAAGUUGCCUCCCCCCUCAACAAAACUUCCAAGGGAGAAACCUCUGCCAAAGCCCAAACCUCCUACAAAAUGGGAAAAGUUUGCUGAAAAGAAAGGUAUAAAGAAGCGUAAAAAGGACAAAGUUGUAUGGGAUGAGCAAACUGGUACCUGGAAACGUCGCUAUGGUUACGAUCGUGUUAAUGAUGACAAGGAUGUACCUAUUAUUGAGGCCAAGAUGUCUGAUGAACCAGGGGAGGAUCCUUUUGCUAAGCGACUAGAUGAUAAGAAAAAACGGGUUGAAAAGCAAGACAAGAAUAGAUUACAGAACUUGAAGCAAGCUGCAAAAGUUGGUGCUUUGCCAAGCCAUGUUAAGCUUGCUGCCACAGCUUUGCCAAUUACAGGAACCCAGGUCCCAUCAAAGAAGUUUACUAAAGAUGAACUGGGAAAUGUGGCUGGGAUAGUUGCCACUUCUACAGCUAGUGGUGGGAAAUUUGAUAAGAAGUUGCCAGGAGAAAAGCCUGCUAAAAAGCAAGGAAAGCAUCGCAAGUUCCUACCAGUAGUGGAAGGAUCAGGGACAGGCUCGCAAGAGAAGGAGCAAAUGGAUAAAGUUCUGAACAAGUUAAUCUCGAAGCACUCUCAUGAGAUACUUAAUGUUGAUAAGGCCAUUAACAUGUACAACGUGAAAAAAGAGAAGAAAACAAAGUAUAGGAAGAAUCACGAAGCAAAAUCUUCAUCAACCUCGAGCAAGCUGAGACCGAAGAAGAACAUUAAUAAGAAAACUGCAAAGAAGGGUUCGGCAUCUUCAAAGAAAGGGAAGGCGCUAUGAAAGUGUUAAAUCAAUGAGCUCCAAGAUGGGUUCAGCAUCUUCAGAGAAAGCACAAUGAGAGUACUAAUUGAUCCCCUUAUAGAAUAUCAUGUGCUAAAAUUGUUUAGCCAUAGCGUGCGUUAUAUCGUCAAAGCGGUUCUGGUUUCAUACCUAGGAUUAAGAAUUGUUGUUUCUUGUUCACUAGAAA